UGCUGUCUGAAGAUAUCUCAAACACACACCGUCACUCUGCUGCCUGUCAUGAUGUUUGUUCACCUCUAAGUGUUUUUGCCUUUUGUAGGUUUGUUCUGUCUGUGGGACUUUUUUUUUUACACAAUUAUAUUUUGGUAAUUUGUGUUUAGUCUCACUGUUUUUUCCUUGUGUAAAGUGAGUGUGAGGUUGUGCUGCAUAAAAUAUAAGAUUUCUACAUAUGAAAAGUAUUCAUCCCUGAUUAGGAGCAAUGUUCAAAGCGAGGCGCAGUUCCACUUUUGACCUCGAGGUGUCGCCGUCACAGAUUCCCACCACUCCAUCCCUCAGCUGCGGUCAGCUCUCUGUGCUCUCGUUGACUGUUUACAACAUCAAUGGCGGAAGUCUCUUCAUUCUUUCUGGGUCAGUCGGCUAAUUGAUAAGAGGUCUACUGGAUUUUAGCGAUGGAUGACGAGUUUACGCCUUUGGACUGUCUGCUGCCCUCAGGCACGCAGAGGAUCUGUCUGAUCAUUCUGAACCAGCCUCUUGAUAAGGACUACCUACAAGUCCUCUGGAGUAAAGCUCUCCUGAGAGCAUGUGCUGAUGGAGCUGCCAAUCAUCUCUAUGACAUCACUGCUGGAGCCAGAGACAGCUUUCUCCCCGACUACAUCAGUGGGGAUUUUGAUUCCAUUACUGCUGAGGUCAAGGCUUUCUUUACAGACAAGGGAUGCAAGCUGAUGGAAACAGCAGACCAGGAUCAUACAGACUUCACCAAGUGUCUUGCAAUCAUGCUGGAGGAAAUUAAGAGGCAGCAGCUACAGGUGGAUGCCAUAGUGACACUGGGCGGCCUGGCGGGCAGAUUGGACCAGACCAUGGCAUCUGUUGAAACUCUCUUCCACGCUGUGUCCAUGACAGACCUCCCUUUGUUGAUCAUACAGGGGACGAGCCUGGCGUACCUACUCAGACCUCAGGGCAGCCACAGACUGGGGGUGAACAUGGGCCUGGAGGGGGACUGGUGCAGCCUCAUUCCAGUAGGGGGACCCUGCAUUACGACAACCACUGGACUCAAGUGGAACCUGAAUAACCAGCUCCUGCAGUUUGGGAAGCUUGUGAGCACCUCAAACACCUAUGAACCCGUCGCCCCUGGAAGCCCCAGGAAGCCUGUAACCGUGACAACAGACCAGCCUCUGCUCUGGAGCAUGGGGAUUCACAAGGACAAGGAAUGAUACUGAAGAAGUCUGUGUUAUCGUUCCAGUAUUUCACAACUCAUGACACAAAGUAUUUCUCUACAGCUGUUAGAAGUUAUCAUGACCACAAAUAACAGAACUUAAAUGUUUUUAAUUAAUGAGUGAUGUGAUGAUCAGCUCUGCUAGAGCGCUAAGAAAUGCUACUUUGAGUAUUGAUACAAUCUUUGCCAAAGAAUAUUCUGUUUUCUAUGAAUACAUGUAUGAUCUCAUUAGCUUCAAAAUGAAACCUUUAGAAUCCUGUCCUCUAAUCAAUCCGCAAUUCAAGCCUUCUUUUUAACAAUAUGAUCACCUCCUUUUGAACACAUUUUGAUUUUAAACAAGUUAACUGACUGAUGGGUAAUUUUCCUUAAGCUGUAAGUAUAUUGUAGAAGUUUAGUCCCCAUAUCCACUGGUUGUCACCCUUGAAAUGUGUGCAUGUAUAUGCCUUGUUUCACAGCCUAUACAAUAUGUGCCUUUGAUAGCUUGUUCUCACUGACCUCUUGGCGCAACCAUAAAAAUAAUGUCUUGCAAGUUUAAAUGACAUGAAAAAACAGAACAUUGAAUAUAAAUGAUGUGUGCCUUUGACUCGUUUAAUGAUGUACUUCUGAAAGAUUUGAAAAGGUUCAAACCAAACCGUUUGCGUGAUGUUGUGAAAGCAGCAUAUUUUAAAUUGACUGGACGAAUCAGAUGAUGGGUUUCCAUUUGUUUUAUUUACACAGCGAAAUAGAAAUGUUGUGCACAGAAUGUAAAAAUGUCCUCCCUUCAGUCCCCAAUCACACCAGCCCAAUAACACGUUGCAUCAUCAUCAUUAUCUCCAGAAUUGUUUGUCCGGUCUUGGUUGAGUCAGGAUUUAACCACCACUAGAAGGAAAAUAAAAAAAGGCACGAGUUAGAGACAGGAUGGAUCCAAAUGGUACAUGAACCGAAACAUGUUCCUGUAGUCUUCAGUUUGAAUGACCAUACAAACGCACAAAAUGUGUGUAUCACUGUACCACUUCUUCAAGAAUGUCUUACUGCACAAAACAAUCGAACUUCUGCACUAACAAAACUCAUGGAUAAAUGGUAUUUCAAUGAUGAGUCUUAAAAAAUAAAACACAUAUUCAACCACA